UUCGACAUUUCCAUUAACGGCCAGUAUGUUGGCCGCUUAGUCUUCAGGCUCAGGGAAGACGUGGUUCCGAGGACUGUCCAGAACUUCAUGCAACUUUGCACGGCCCCAGCGGGAACUGGUUACAGGGGAACAGCCUUCCACACUGUGGAAAGUGAUGUAAGCCAGACAAAUUCUAGUGGUGGUCGAAGCAUAUGGGGGGGCCACUUCCCGGACGAGAAUCACCAGUUGCUUUUUACUGGUCGAGGGAAUCUUGCCAUGAAUAGCACGAGCCCCAAUCAAAAUGGCAGUCAGUUCUUCAUCACACUAUGUAGGGAUCCCAUCCGGCUGGCGCAUAUCAAUCGUAGACACGUCGUCUUUGGAUCUGUCGUAUCUGGCUGGCCGGUGUUGGAUACCAUCGAGGCCUGCGGAUCCGCUACUGGAGGACCGAACCGGGCAAUCGUUAUAACAAACUGCGGAGUUUUGUAA